AUGUUUUUACAAAUAUUAUUUAUCUUCUUAAGCCUUUGUAGUGCAACAUAAAUUUAUCAAAAAACAUCACAAACUGUAUAUUUGGAGUUUAGUUACAAAUUAGACUCAUCAAAACAAUACUUAAUAGAAGUAAUUUAAUAGGAGUUAAUAAUUAGUUGAUUAUAAAAAAAUUCCCAGAUGAUCAAUCUUGCCUUCCUUAUUUAGAGGUUAAUUAAACCUUUAAAGGUGUUACUUAAACCCUGAAUGAUGAAUAAGGAUAUGCAACAAAAUAAAAAGUCUAAUAAAUAAAUGUUUAGGGUGAUGAGAUUCAAAUAGGAGUUUCUAAUAAAAAGUUAAUUUUCCUACCUGAAUCUAAUCUUAGCAAAGAAAUAUCAUUUACAAUUACAAUUUUUGAUUCAGUAUUAAAUUUAAAAAAUAUACUAAUAGCCUCGUGAUAAGUUGGUUUGCAAUUUUCCAUCAUAUGGAUAAGAUUGUUAGUAAGAUAUGGAAGAAAUUGAAACAGAAACUUCAACGACUUUGAUUGUGCCUAAAUAUUCUUGGAACUAUGUAUAUUAUAUAUUGGAUAACUAUGAUUAUAAAGUAUAAUAAAAAAUAAAUAAUUUAGAUUGAAGCUGAAAGUGAUUGGGCAUCAUUUGUAGUAGCUCUAUUGCCUAUAGAUAAGGCGAACAUAACAAUUUUACCAUCAUUUUAGUCAAAUCUAUUCUUACUAAGCUAAAAUGGUGAUAGCUAAGAUGUUAAAUUGAAAAGAUAAUCAGAAAUUUAAUCAUACGUUUUUGCAGUUGGAGUAUACAAUCUCAAUGACGAUGCAGCAAUUACAUUAACUUUACAUCAGUAAUCUGAAGAUGAAGAAGAUUCAUUUCCUUUAUGGGCUAUUCUUACAAUUAUUGGUGUGUUUAUACUAGGAAUAUUAAUUUCAAUAUUUAUAAUAUGUCAAAUUAGAAAAUAAGCUAAAGUAUAUGAAGAAUAACCUAAAAUCUCAAUUGAAAUUUUAGAUAAGUAUAUGCCUAUAAAAUAAGUACCUAAACAUUAACUUACUGAAACAUGUUGUAUAUGUUUAGUCUAAUUUUUAAGAAGAGAUUAAACAAGAGAAACUCCUUGUAAACAUUUCUUCCAUACAAAUUGUUUAAGAGAUUGGACAAGAAAGAAUACAACAUGUCCUGUAUGUCGUUAAGAAUUAGGAGAGGCAGAUAUUUAGAAAUAUCUGUGUUUGAGUUAAUAAAUGACUCAUAAAAAUGAAAUAGAUAAUUCUAAUUCUCAUUAAGGUGAAUUACCAAAGAUACCUCUUACUCAUCUUAGAAUUGGAGAUCAUGAAAUCAAUACCAGAGGAAUCAUUAUUAUAGAUAAUUCACCUUCUAAUUAACAUUCGAAUUCCGAUAGGAUGAGUCUAAAUUUGAUAGAGGAUCAAAUUGUUGAAAAUUGA